AUGCAUGGAUCACUUAUCUUCCAGCACCUGCAGCUUCAGAACUACCCAACCAACAAAAAACCCAAAAUGAAGACCUACGUUGCAGUUCUCCUUGUUGUCGUGGCCAUGCUCGGCCUAGCUGCUGCCUCGUAUGGUGGCUACGGGGGAUACGGCUCAGGUCUUGGCCGUAGCUACGGAGGAUACGGCGGAUAUGGAGGAUACGGCGGAUACGGAGGCUAUGGUGGAUACGGCGGAUACGGACGUGGAUACGGAGGCUAUGGCGGAUACGGACGUGGCUACGGAGGAUAUGGCGGAUACGGACGUGGCUACGGAGGAUAUGGCGGAUACGGACGUGGCUCCGGAGGAUACGGAUACAGACACUAAACCAAGCUUGGCUUUGCUAUAUCCUGGCUAUAGGAUUUAUCGACGAACCUUUUUGCCCCUUCACGUCGGAUAACACGAAUUUAAUGCCUAGAUUCAUCCACAUGUUAAAUCAUGCCAAUGCUCUUCAGAUGACAAAUAUAAAAUUCCACUGAUGCAGUCUUGAAACUGCGCCAUCAUUCCGAGCCGGUCUAUAUACGCUAAGGUCUUGAGAUUGGCACGUAUAUUACGAGAAAUUGGAAACUUUCCGUGUGUAUAUAUAUAUAUAUAUAUGAAUUAAACAUAAAUCUUUGUUCAAUGACA